AUGGCGGGAAACGCCAACGGUGCCAACGGAGAUAGCUGCUUUAAAAUGUGUUUAUCAGCGGCUAUCGAAGGCAUAUUUCCUGGGGAAAAAAUGGACUUUUUGAGCAAUGAACAAAUUCAAGCCAUUCAGUCCUUUUUUUUUGGCAACGAUACUUUCGUAUCAUUGCCUACUGGCCAUGGAAAAUCCUUGAUAUUUCAGCUGGUUGUGCCGAUUGCGAAGAAAAUGUUUGAACUAGGGAAACAUGAUUAUACAAACUGUCAUCAAUCUCGUCCAGUUCCCGCUCAUCCUGUAGUCCUAGUAAUCGCUCCAUUAAAUUCUUUGAUCGCGGAUCAAAUCGAGUCAUGCAAAAAAAAGCAGAUGACGGCAUGUAAACUCGAUGAUUUGCCACUGUCAGACGACAACUGUCUGUGCGGAGCCACAGCUGGUCCAGCUGGAGCGAAGUUUGUAGAAUACGACUUCAUUUUCACUAGUCCAGAGACCCUGGAGCAAAAGUUGAACGUUUUAUCAAGAAUUGAAAAUCAGUUACUUGGUGUUGUUGUUGAUGAGUCGCACUGUGUUAUUAACUGGGGAACUGCUCCUAAUGAAAAGUCGCCAUUUCGGUCAUCGUAUUCGCGUGUGGGAAACCUAAGAGCUCUUGUUAAUGUACCAAUCCUUUGUCUAACAGCAACAGCAUCCAGUACCACCAGAAAGAGUAUUAUCAAGUGCCUUAACAUGACCAACACCAAGGUUAUCCAACUUUCACCAGAUAAAGAAAAUAUGAAAUAUAUUGUCAACAAAGCCCAUGGUGAGGAAAUUGAGGAAACAUUAUCAACAGGUUGA